AUAAAACGUCCAAUGAAUGCAUUUAUGGUUUGGUCAAGAAUUCAACGGCGUAAAAUUGCAACAAACAAUCCAAAACUACACAAUUCAGAAAUAUCGAAACGUUUGGGUAGUCAAUGGAAAUUAUUAACUGAAUUUGAAAAACGACCUUUCAUAGAUGAAGCAAAACGAUUACGAGUCCAACAUAUGCUAGAGUAUCCAAAUUAUAAAUACCGUCCACGACGAAAGCUACGCUCGAUAUCGCAAACAAAUAAUGCAACUCGUCAACUUUUACAACAAACUGUUAAACGGCAAAAACAAGACUUAAUUUCAAAUGAUAGUGAUAAAUUUCGUAUUAUGGAAAUAAAUCAAGUAGAUCCAAGUUUAAAUCCAGGUAAUGGAAAUAAUGUGAAUAACAUGUCGAUAUAUCCUUCAUUUUCUUUUGUCGACCCAGUAAAUUCUUUAACCAGGACAUUAUAUGUAAAUCCAGGUCAAAUUAACCAUCAUCAAUAUUCUAAUCCGCAUGAAUUAUCAAAAGCGUUUUCGUUACCACCGUAUGCCAGUUUACAUCAUCAACAGCCAAAUCCAGCACCAAAUUCCCCAUCAAAUUUUUACUUUCAUUCAACUUUCAGAAACUACUUAGAACUUACUUCAGGUUCGCCAACCGGUAUCAGCUUGCCAAAUAUAUCAUCAGAAGUCGCCCACAUUCCAAAACUAAAUAGUUCUUAUUUCAACUAAUCAAGCCUUUGGUGACAUAUUUGUUUAGGUUUUAAAUAAUUGUUAUAUAACUAGCAAUAAUAAGCGACAAACAAUAAAAGAAUACUGCUUUUAGAUUUUUUGAUCUUUAUUUGUUUAGCAGUUUGUUA